UCCACUUGGAAAUUUAGUAUGAGACGUAGCAACUUAUUUGGUCUCUCGUUCUCGUUUCUCGGUCAAGGUUUCCAAUCAAAAGCCGCGAUUACCAGUUCAGAGAGAAAAUUAACAACAGUUGGCUUUUGUUGAACCUCUCUCUCUGUCUCUCAUCGCAAAAUGCUAGUAUAAGGUCUGUUACCCUCAAUUUCUCCUCUUCAACUGUUGAUUGCUGAUUUGAUUUUGAUUAUCUUUUUAGCGUUUUCCAGUUUUUGGGUUUUCAUAUUCUGAUCAAAUUGAAGGUCCUCUAAAAUUUGCUCUCACUCAAACAUCAAAUCAAAGAGGAGUUUUUCUAGCUUUUUAAGUACUAAGAUUUUCUUUAAGCUUCGUUUAUUGGAAGUCUCAAUUGAACAUCUUGAAUUUGUCGUAUUGGGUCGUUUUGUAUCUGAUUGAAUUGGAGGAUUGAUUUGCUUCAAAGCUCCUCAAAUUUGAACAAACCAUCGAAACAACAACAACUUAGUGUUGGAUUGUUCAAUUGGGAAGAAAGUGAGGGGUAAUUGGGAAAUCGAUUUUGAUCAAUUGUCUAUGAAUUGAAGAAGCUUUAAUGAUAUGAUUGCAAUUUGGGUGUUUUGAGGAUUGAUUUCUGUGCCCAUUUUGUCAUUAGAAAAUGUAUAGCAAUUUUAAGGAGCAGGCUAUAUUGUAUGUGAAGCAGGCUGUUGAAGAGGAUAACGCGGGGAAUUAUGCUAAGGCUUUUUCCCUUUAUAUGAAUGCUUUAGAAUACUUUAAGACCCAUUUGAAGUAUGAGAAGAACCCAAAGAUUAAGGAAGCCAUUACUCAGAAAUUCACUGAGUACUUGAGGAGGGCCGAAGAGAUUCGGGCUGUUCUUGAUGGAGGAGGAACUGGUUCUCCCUCCUCCAAUGGGGAUGCUGCUGUUGCCGCGCGGCCGAAGACAAAGCCUAAGAAUGGAGGUGGAGACGGGGAAGACUCAGAGCAAGCGAAGCUCAGGUCUGGGCUUAAUUCAGCGAUAAUCAGAGAGAAGCCAAAUGUGAAGUGGAAUGAUGUUGCAGGGCUUGAGAGUGCCAAGCAGGCGUUGCAGGAAGCUGUUAUAUUGCCUGUCAAAUUCCCACAAUUUUUCACUGGGAAGAGGCGACCAUGGAAAGCAUUUCUACUGUAUGGUCCACCUGGAACGGGUAAAUCAUACUUGGCCAAAGCUGUUGCAACUGAAGCAGACUCAACUUUCUUCAGUAUUUCUUCAUCAGACCUGGUUUCAAAAUGGAUGGGAGAAAGUGAAAAGCUAGUUUCAAAUCUGUUUCAAAUGGCUCGUGAAAGUACUCCUUCCAUCAUUUUCAUUGACGAAAUCGAUUCUUUAUGCGGCCAACGAGGUGAAGGCAAUGAGAGUGAAGCAUCUCGACGUAUUAAAACUGAGCUGCUUGUACAGAUGCAGGGUGUAGGGAACAAUGAUCAGAAGGUUCUUGUUCUUGCAGCCACAAAUACUCCGUAUGCCUUAGAUCAGGCCAUCAGGCGGCGAUUUGACAAGCGGAUUUAUAUUCCUCUCCCAGAUUUGAAGGCAAGGCAGCACAUGUUCAAGGUACAUUUAGGAGAUACUCCUCACAACUUAAGUGAAAGUGAUUUUGAACAACUAGCCCGUAAAACUGAAGGGUUCUCAGGUUCAGAUGUUUCUGUUUGUGUAAAUGAAGUGCUGUUUGAACCUGUUCGUAAAACUCAAGAUGCUGAGUUUUUCAUAAAGGCUUCUAACGAUAUCUGGACGCCUUGUGGACCUAGACAACCAGGUGCAAUUCAGAUUAACAUGCAGGAGCUAGCAGCACAAGGCCUAGCUUCAAAGAUCCACCCGCCGCCUAUCGCGAGAAGAGAUUUUGACAAAGUACUGACAAGACAGAAGCCAACCGUGAGCAAAAAAGACCUCGAGGUGCACGAGAGAUUCACAAAGGAAUUUGGGGAAGAGGGCUGAUUGUGUUUCUGAAAUGAGACACAAGACCGAAGUUCUUGAGUGCAGCCAUUGAAACCUGUACUGUUAUGUAAACCAUCUCUAUUUAGCUUCAAUCUUAGAGGUUGCAUAAAAUCUCCCCAGUACUGUAAAUUUGGAGGUUGCAUAAAAUCUCCCCAGUACUGUAAAUUUGGGAGAAAAACUAUCUUGAUAAUUUUGUUUGUUCAAUUAGAGAACCAUUCGGAUGUUGUACAGAGUAAUGGAAGUGUUUCUUUAUGUUGA